UUUAUAAACAUUGUGGUAACUCUUGAAGUCUUUGCAGUGACAGCUUCAUACAGUAGGAUGACGUUUCCCUCGGAGUCACGUGACCCUUUUUUUAACAGUAAGUCCAACAUGGCAGACGGAGUGGAUCUUACGCGGUAACUACAGCAACAUUUCAACUGGAACAUACACUCAACACUACUCUGCUGCAACAGGACGUCAGCGAUGAGGGAGAGACAGAAGAAAAAGAAGGGGAGGACGUGGGCAGAAGCCGCUAAAACGGUUUUGGAGAAAUACCCUAAUACGCCCAUGAGCCAUAAAGAGAUCCUGCAGGUGAUCCAAAGAGAAAGGCUUAAGGAAAUAAGAAGUGGAACCUCGCCGCUGGCAUGUCUGAACGCAAUGCUGCACACAAACUCUCGUGGGGAUGAGGGGAUCUUCUACAAAGUUCCCGGCAGAAUGGGGGUCUACACUCUUAAGAAGGACAUUUCAGACGUGAUGAAGGAGCUUUCUGAGGAGGACUCUGAGGACAGCAGUGACAAUCUCUCUGACUCCCAAAGCACAGAAAACAACAGCAGUGCCAUCGCUGGAGAUGGCAGGAGAGGGAGGUGGAUGCGGAGAGGUACUGUCAUUACUAACCGUUUGGACAACACUAAAACACUUAGGUCACUUAUUCCAGUAGAGUUCACAGGCCAUCAUCUACAACAAAGACAUUUGAUUUCAGGAUGUAUGACUUGUUCUUCCUUUCUCCCUCCCUCUUCUCUCCCUCUGUGUAGCUCUGGGCUCAGCCUUGAGGAAUCCAAACAGCUGACAAAGGCUGAUGUGAAUCAGGAGUCUGCCAGGCCAAAGCCCCCCCGCCAUCAGAAAGCAGAACCUGCCACUCGAGCAACGGAGGAUCCCAAGGGCACCAAGGACAGCAGCCGGACUGAUGCUGCUGCUGCUGCUGCUGCUGUGAGGGACGUGAAGCCAACUAAAGAGCCUGUAAAGCUGCAGCCUGCUCAGAGAGAGAAAGUCUCCACCUCAGAGCCCAUGAAGACACGGCGCUCUCAGUACGCUGAGGAUUGUCGGUUAAACGCAGCAGCACAGUCGGCUCCAACACCUGCAGUGAAAACACCAGAGGUUGAGAGGCAGGUUGAGAAGCCGGCUGAACCGGCUGCGGGAGGUUCUCUGCCUGAAAAGAAGCAUGAAGAGGAAGUGGAGGAGGUUAAAACUGAGCUCCCGCAGUCGCCUGUGGACGAAAGCCAUCCACCACAAAGUUCAGAGUUGAAGGAGGAUCAGCCGGCGUCUGUGGUUAAGCCUGCUGAGGAGAUCCAAGCGGUCAUCUCUGAGCCCAGGGGCCCCUCAGAGCCGCAGAAAAGGAAAUCUCUCAGUGAGAUUGUGGAGGAAUUGACGCCGGAGAAAAGACCCCGCAUGUCCUCAGUCUCCUCAGUGUCUUCAGUCUCCUCUGUGUCUCCACCAGCUUCAUCCAUCUCCAGCCCUGCUACACUGACCCCGAGUCAGAGGGUUCCACCACUCAAGAUAUCAGUGUUACGGAUUCUCCCGGUUCCUUCGCCCCCUAGCCAGGACCCCCCCAGGACCCCCCUCCCGACCCCGCUCAGCAGCCCGGGCCGGACCGGUGCCCGCACUCUGGCAGACAUCAAAGCCAAAGCUCGGCUCGCCCGAGUGCAGCGAGCAGCGGCGGCCGCAGUAUCGUCAGCAUCCAGGGGGGAGGUGCCAGGCCCGGGUCCGGGGGGGGGCAGUGAGGAUCGAACACAGCCGUCACCCAGCCCCUCCCCAACUUCCCCUCAGGCUCCAACCUGCAUACCAGCCCCCAGUCAGACCAGUACACCUCCCUCUCACCCACUUGACUCUUUUACUCUGCUAAGCCCAAACCGUUCUCCAUCAUCCUCUGUAAGCAACACUGAUGAAAAACUCAAAGGCCAUCCUGCCAGUUCUGUCAGUGCAGGACCCGGGAGUGAUCAGAUAAAUCCCACUACACCAUCACAGGAAACCCCGUCACCUGCUGCAUCUUCAACCAAGAACAACUCCUGUAUCCCUGCAAACAACCCGCUGGUCACUCAGCUCCUGCAGGGCAAAGACGUUCCCCUGGAGCAGAUCCUCCCAAAACCGCUCUGCAAGUCUGAGGUGAAGACGCCAAGCGUACCCUCGGGCAGUAAGGGGAAGCCGCUACACUCUGCAGAGCACAGGGCUGACAAACUGAUGUCCCAGCCGUUCAGUGCAACAGGACGAACAGGAGUUUUCUCAGAGUACACGAGACUUGGGGAGCUUCCUGAUAAGGAGACUCAGGAGCAGAUCCUGCAGGCUCUGAUGCAGAGGAAGGCUCCGGCCAGCCAGCCUUAUGUUGGCAUAGGGCCUCAGUAUCCUCAGUACAGAGUCCAUCAGCUGGUGCACGCAGAGGAGCGUCAGGACCAAUCCAGGAUUUCUGUAGGGUUUCUGGGUCGUAGGAAGAUGCCGAGGCCUGCCAUGAUGGGACACUACCUGCUCAAUGUGUCCACUUACGGCCGAGGACCAGAAGGCAGGAGACUGCAGCAGUCUGUCAUCCCUAACACGUCUGUGUCCGGUUUAAAAAGGGAGAGCACAGAUGGAGAGGAGGCGGCUAAAGGAGAAGAACCAGCCUGGAAGUGUUUCUUUCCGGCUUCUGGAGUUAAAACAGAGCAGCACAGAUUCUCUAUCACCAAGUCUGACGAAGCAGCGAGCGUUCAGCACUGCUCUGAUGUAAAGACUGAGGCGGGAUCAGACCCCAGUGCAGCCGCCAAAGACACCAGCCCUUUUUCUCUAUCACACCGAAGGAACCUAGAACUCUGCAAUAGUAACCAAGGAAACUCUGAGCCAUAUCUUUCCCAAGUGGACCCCAGUCACCAGCGGCAGUUUCAAACCCAGCGGACGCUCGAUAAUCAGGAAGCGUCGUGCUACGGCGGCACUAUCAGCGUGUCUGUACCUCACACCGGCAUCGGCUCCUCCACCGUCUCCUCAGAGGCUGACGGAGGCGGCGUCAUGUCUUUCUCCGUGACCGUCACCACCAUACCUGCCGGCCACCAGGGGGAGCCCUCCUCGGAGCAGUCGUUCAUCGAGGGCUCCAACAUGGAGGACGUGCAGUCUAAGUGCUACUGCAGACUGAAGGCCAUGAUCAUGUGCAAAGGAUGUGGAGCCUUUUGCCACGAUGACUGCAUCGGCCCCUCCAAACUGUGUGUGUCAUGUUUAGUCGUACGAUGAAAUUAAUAAUAAGUACAAGGGUUGAUUUGUAUCGAAGCAAGUCAUUCAGAAUCAAUAUCCAAUCGCUGCUGGUGUGAAGCAACACUCCAGAAAAAAAACAACCAGCAUGAGGUCGCUGUUGGGAAGGCAAGGAUUUACACUGGAUGGUCUUUCGUUUCACCAACAUCAAAGAAAAGUUGUUUUCGUGCCGUUUUUUGGUAGAAAUGUCAAUCCGUUUUGAUUCAAAUCAGUAGUCUGUCAGACGUGCGACGAUUAUGAAAUCUGGCAGUGUUUGCACUCGGAUAGGAUCGGUGUGAUAUAUUUUUUUAAAUAUAUAUAUUAUAUAUACGUGUAGUUUUUAAAAACAACAAGGGAAAAUGAAUGUUGCUAUUUUUGUAGAACAUAAUGACUGUUGAAUACUAACACUUUUUCUUAUUGGGCCUGAUCAGUUAUGGUUUAAGGCAUAAAAAGGGUGCUAAUGAUAAUCAUUGCUUGUAGAGUACCUCCUGGCAUUUAUGCACGCAUGGCAGGGAAGUGCAACUCACAGUAACUAUUUUAUAUAUAAACUGAACAUUUAUUACUGAACAUACUCAGAUAUAAAGGUUAGAAAGAUCCUGUAUCGUUUUAGAAAUGGAAUAUAAAUAGAAUUUUAAUUAACUUGUAAGGAUUGCACAUCAAAUCAUUUUGACGAAGCACUUGGAUUUAUAGAAACUAUGUACAGCACUUGCAUUCAAACAUCAUUUAACAUAAACAUGUCUAUAUGUUCCUUCUGGUAAAUUCAGAUUCCAGGUUGAAGGUCUAACGUUACUUCCUGCUGUGUGUACCUUCUUCACUUUCUCCCCAAAAUAGCCGGUUAGUAGAUAUUGUCUCCUGUGAGCGGGGGCUUGAGGCUUGUAUGUUUCUAAUGACAGAUCAGCAAUGGCAAUCAGUAAAGAAAACACUCAAGGCAAGGAGAGAAAAUAAGAAUCAUUUAGUUUUUCCACUGUAAAUAUCUGCUUAUUUACAGUAUAUGCCUACAUGUAGAAAUUAUUUUAUUCGUGCAGCACACGUUGCUUGAGUAUAUCCUGUUAAUGACAUAAUCAUUUGUACUGUUGAAAGAGAACAGCACGUUGUUCUUAAACGCUAAAUGCUUUUUCCAUAAAAUGAUACAGCAUAGCAUGCUGUAGUUUCAAAAAUAUUUGGAGGUACAAUAUGACACCGUUUAACGGGCGGAUGAAACACUUAAAAUGGCCGUUUUCCAGAGUAUUUGGAGAGUUACCCUCAAUAUGAAUGUGGUAUAUUGUCAGCACUAAACAAUAUUUUAUCAUAAUAUUAUACAAUGAUGUAUGUGUGUGAUGUAUAAGGACAGCCGCAUUACUACUUAAGCGCUCACUUUACUACAUAUUUAACUGGAAAAAGGCCGGUGUUAAGUAUUAAAACUGUUUUUCGGCUGCUCAUGAUAAUUGCAAAGUAAGACGCAUCAACUUUGUUUAGAAAUGUCCUGGAGGUGCAAAGUAGGCCUGUUUUUAAUAGCAAUUAUUUCUAAGGUAAUAUGCCAAAGUCACCUUUUUAAAGAAAGUAAUAUAGUAAUCAUAAAGUAAUAUAUUUUAAUGAAUAUAUUUUAUAUUAACAAAAAUCUAUUUGCUAAUUGUUUUUGAAUCAACAGGGUAUUUACUAUAAUAAUAAUAUAUUGGCUGUCCGUGUUUCUUAUAUUGUUUGUGACAGACCACCAUGCAGAGAAUAACCAAGUAUCAGUACUCUGUAUGGCCCCGCUUUUUGCAUCGGAUCUGUUAUUGGUCUAUAUUUUUCCAUAGAGAUGUUGUCAUAUGUGUGUGUACCCUUUUAGCUGUCUACAUUUGUGUCAUUUUAUCAUGAAAACAAAAAUAGAAUGUUUUUAAAAUCACCAUUUUUAGGUCAGUGGAUGAAUUCAAGUCCAUUUUUUGUAUGUAUCUGUUAUUAAAUUGGGGGUAAAAUUGUUUUUAAAACUGUAGGGCUAGAAUCAGACAAGGUUUCCACAUAUUUAGCAUUUCACUAUAAAUGGUACCAGUGUUUGAUUCUGUUAACACAAAUUGUAUUUAUCCCCCAUACAUAUUUAGGCCUUAUUUGGUUGAAUGUGAUGUUUUGUAUUUGGGGGGCUGGAUUGCACUGCAAAAAUAAUUAACAAAAACAAUCAAUCACCCCGAAAGGCAGCUGAAAUCUUUGUUAAUGAGGACUGAAACUCGAGUCAGGCAGCGGCCCCCUCCCUCACUGAAGUUACCCGUCGCGUGUUUUCAGACGAGCAGUUCAUAAAGAAACGCCUGUUAUGUGUCAUGGGCAAUCACCACCAUUUUUGAAACGUCACGUUUAUCACUAGGUGAAUUUGUUUAAUAUGUCUGUGUCAGUUUGUCUCCAUUUAAACUCCGGGUGAAUGUAAUAUAGUAAUCAGCACUUGUAAACAAAGUGUAUUUUACCAGAAGUUAUAGACUAUAUGAAUAAAUAAUGAAAAGUA